UCAUGGCAUGCAAAAUGCUUCUCAUGUUCCCUAUGCGAAGGAGCGCUACGCAACGACUACUUUGAGAAGAAUGGUGGGAUCUACUGCACCAACUGUUACAAGCGGAGCUUUCUCUCAUGCUGUAAGCAAUGUGGCGAAGCCAUUGCCGACCAGGUGAUGAGUGCCGUUGACUUUGUCUACCACCCGCAAUGUUUCCGAUGUAAGGCUUGUUCACAGGUGAUCUAUCCGGGAUGUCCCUACGCUCUGUCUGGAGGAGAAUUGUACUGUGCAGUGCACCACCGCAACAAGUAUGCAUCUCCCGCAAGCAGACGUAAGCUAAACUCACAGUCACUGUCUCGCAGCAGUCUAAGUCAGCCACCAAUCCGCAAGCAUAAAGGGCCUUCAUUCGAUGUGCUGGGUGAUCUGGCCUCCCCCUCUGAGCGCUCGUCCCCAUUCGACCCAAGUGAGUUGCAGAGCAUCCUGGCCUCGUUCAGCUCUAAACCAGUGACGUUUGGGGACAAAUCCGGUCCAAAUCAAGCGUUUGGCCUGCCAAAUCAAGCGCUUGGCCUGGAGAAGCCAAUGGGGUUUGGGACUGAUAGCGGGAAACGGGGCAUGUUUGAGAAGAGCGACAUGGGACUGCUGAGGGAUGCAGACGGCGACCUGGCCACCCCCAACAAUGGACCGGCUGUGGUGUUUGGGACGAAUGGAGAAGAACCAGAAUUGGGAGAACAGGACAUAUUCGGCCCUGAUGACCCGAUGCUGUUUGGUGGGCAGGCACAGUUGGGUGUAGUGGCGCAGCAAUCGGCGGUGCUAGAUGCCUUUCAACGGAACCACGGACAGGACUGGCAAAUGCACCAGGACGUGUCUGUGACUGAUGAGUAGACAACCCGGUUACAGCGCACCUAUACGCCUAGUAUACCAAUACUAAUAGACCGAGAAGUGUAUCGCUAAUAAAAUGAUUAAGAACUCC